AGUAUCGGUAAUUGCAUAGACAAUCACAAACGCUUGUGAGGCCUGCGCGGUGCGUGGUCGCCAUUUUAAAUUGUUAUAACUAAAAUGUGGUGUGGUUUUUAGUGUCAACUAUAAAUAAUAAAUAUUGUUUGUUUUUAUAACUAUUUGGUUUAAAAUAUAACCGUAAUAGCGGCAAGUCCCGAACAUGGAACCGACACUGGAUGCGUCCUUAGUGGCGCAAUCCAUCAAUUUUCAUGGGCAGCAAUUGCAAAAAACGUGGGAGGGAGAGCGAGGAGAAGAAGACUUGACCAAGAUAGGCGUGGGUGCCUUAGACUUCGCUGUAUACCAAUCAAGACAUAAACACUUGACGUUCCAAGACCGCGGCAAGAGGUUGAAACUGCACCAAUUUAUUGCCAAGGAGGCUAAUGCAUUAUUCGAUUCGUCAAUUAUGGAGGAGACCCCAUCUUCUUCAAGCUUGGGCACCGACUCUAUCGCACCUGAAGACAACUUAUAUGCUUUGAUGCCACCAUUUGAAACUUUUCUGAAUGUGGAUAAAUCAGCGAGAUUGAGACAUUUUUUUGAUAAUGUGAAGACAGGAGAACUUAUCAUAGGGGCCGUGAUCAACAGGACUGCAUCAGGGAUGAUGCUAAAAGUGUUAUGCACGGCCGGGCCAACAUCCAGAUAUGUUGCAGACAUCAAUGUGAAGGCAUUUUUACCAGUAACGAAUAUCAUACCAGCUGUGGACAAGAAAAAUGUAUCAAGAAACUACCUCAUGAAUGACACUGUGUGCUGUGAAGUCAUUGAAGUAAUUCCAGACACCGAUAAAAUGGUGUGCGGCAUGAAGGGCGUGACUCGGUGCUCUGACGACCCACCACCAAAACCCCCACUGGGACUGCUCAGCACUGACGACUUCCCAAUGGUCUACAAGAAAACAAUGGAAAUGAAGGGUGAGAGCUAUGAAGCUAUAUUGGAGAAGAGUCCUGGCUUCAAUAACCCCAACUGCGUCCAAUAUCUGUCAGAGCUACUUGGAAUCGCGAAUAUGCAUUGCACGAAUUUCGUCUCGCUCAGAGGAGGAUUCCCUACGUCGGACUAUGCCGACGAACUUCGUCAAGCUCAGGCAAGCAAAUGGGCGUUCCGUUCAGUGGCUGAAGGUAUAGAACAUUUCAAAGCCGGAAGACAUUCAGAAGCAUUUCAAUGCCUUAACAAAGCUUUGAGCAUUGACCCCAGGAAUGUGGAAGGUCUUGUUGCACGAGGAGCAUUGUAUGCUAACAGUGGAACUUUCAAAAAAGCCAUAGAAGACUUUGAAACUUCAUUGAAGUUGAACCCAAACCAUGCUAAUGCAAGGAAGUAUCUAGGAGAGACACUAGUGGCACUUGGAAGAAGUUAUGAAGACGAAAACAAGAUCACUGAAGCACAGAAAGCGUAUGAAGAUUGUUUAGCUAUUAUACCAUUCCAUGAAGAGGCUCAGAAUUCAUUAGAUUUCCUAAAGAGCAAGACAUCAACAACAAAGCCUUUGAUAGAGCCCGCUGAAUUGCUAUUGCCUGGUUUGACUGGAGCUAAAUCUUAUGAGAUGAAGGAAACCCUAAAGCAGCUGUUGAAUUUAACUGAGAAAAAGGAAAAGAAAAAGAAGAAGAAGCGCGGUAAGGGCAAAAAGAAACGCUCAAGUAGUUCAUCAUCAUCAUCUAGUGAGUCAUCAAGUUCCAGUUCGUCAUCUGAGUCGUCGUCGUCCUCAUCAGAAACCAGUGAUUCGGAAGGUCCUAAUCGCAAGAAAAAGCGUCGCUCGCAUUCGAACAACAAGCGUCAGCGCUCGCUGUCGCCGCUGAGCAAGCGCAUGGCGAUGUUGGGUGACGCCGAAUCCGCCUCGCGCACGCACAACUCGCAGUUCAACCACCCGUACGGAUACCAGCCGCCGCCACCCGCCGACGAGCCCGCCAGCGCUCCGCCCGUGCGCUCGCAGGCCGAUGUCGAUUAUGAACUGAAGGUUCGCAAAUUUUUGGAGAUGACUAAAGAAGAUUCAGACUAUGAAGAGAAAGUGCGCAACUUUCUUGAAGAAACCGCUCAGUACAAACGUAACCGUAAGAUGCAAGAGCUCGGCCAACAGCCACAACCCGGCGCUGAUCACGAUAAAAAGAAAAAGAAGAAGAAAGAUAAAAAAAAGAAGAAGGAAUCUAAGAGGAAACGUAAAGAGCAAGAAAGGGAGGAAAAAAGAAAAGCUAAGAUGGCACGCACUGCAGCAAAUAAUGCGGACUAUAGCCUGCGAGAUUUGGAUAAUAUUGGCGAUAAGAAAUUGAGAGAUGCCAUAAGGAAAGAACUGAAGGGAAAAUCCAAGAGAGACAUGAGUUCUGAUGGUGAAUAUGAAAGGAAACACAAAGACAGCAGAAUGAUGGACGACAUGCACGGUCUGGAAGAGUUGGAGUCGAAGUUGAGCGCGUACCACGUGAUGGUGGAGAAGGAGGUGCUCGGCAAACGUGACCCGCGCGGCUCGCUCAGCCCCAUCGACCAGGCGCCGCCGCCGCCGCUCGAGAAACCCAAGUGGAAGAUGUCCAUGAGCGCUGUCAAGGACUCGGUUAAGAAGAAGGAUGGUCCACCGUCGAAAGGUUACAAAGAACGCUACGCAUUUGAAGAUAGCUCUGACGAUUCACAGGACAAUCCUAAGCCAUCGCCAUCGGGGGGAGACAAGAACGUGUCGGUGCGGCGCGCCAUGGCGAUGAAGGAGCCCCCGCCGCUGCCGCUGGCGCCACCGCCCGGCAAGCGCGAGCCCGACCCGCCCGGCACCGACCCGCCCGCGCUUCCGCCAGUUCGGAAAGGCAAUAUAGUGCUAGACAAAUUCGGCUCGUUCCGCCUGGCACAAGAAGGCGAGACGCCCGUGUCUGUAGGCGAUGCGAGGCCAGAACAGUUUGUAACGCGUAUCAAGCCGCCUUCGCCUUCGGGUCGCCGGCCACGCUCACCGCCCUCACCGCGACGUCAUUCUUCUAAUUCCUCCGAUGACGACAGACGUUCACCAAAACGUUCCCGAAGCAGGUCGCGACCACGCAAAUACAAAUAUCGAUCUCGUUCAAGAUCCCGUUCGCGGUCCGGUUCGAGCGCUAGCGGCUCGGUGGCGUCUCGGCGGCGUCGCUCCGGCUCGCCACGGUCUCGCUCACGCUCUGACGCUUCCCGCUCCUACUACUCACGCAGCCGAUCUCGAUCAAGGUCGGGAUCUAGGGAAAGGUUACGCCGCUACCCUCGCCGAGCCAACUGGCGCGGUCGCGGCGGCUAUGAGCGCGGGACGUACUAUCGUCCUCGCUUCAACACGUUCAACGGCGGAGGCCGAGGCCGUGGCCGUGGCGGUGGAGAUUUCAGACGCGAUGAUGGCAGGAGGUUCCCUAAUGAAUGGAGAGACAACAGAUCACGAGGUGGACGGCCGUUCAGGCCACGACGGGGUGGAGGCGGUAGAGGGCGACCAUUUAGAGGCGCAUAUCGUGACUUCCGCGACAGAAGAGGUGUCAGAUACUCGCGCUCGCGCAGCCCUGACAGAACACGCCGGUCCAGGUCGUACAGUCCAGAAAGGCGUGACAAGGACAGAGAUAGUUACUCCCGUUAUUCCGGACGCGACAGUCAUCGCAGCGAAGGCGAAUAUGAAGAGGAAAGAUACGUGGAUAGGAAGGAAUACGACGGCAAAUGGGCUGACGGUAACGAGCCGGAGAGGAACUCGCACACUGAAGAGAAACCCGCCGAGGAAGCGCCCAAAGAGUAAAUUACAUUACGUGUUUGAAAACUAUAGUUAUACGGUUUUAGUGUUUAAAAUUCAGGUUAGGGUGCUAUGUGUAUAGUUCAUUUCCCGAAGGCUGACACUAUGAAGAAAUUGCGGGACAUUUCUUGGGUUGGUUCAAUUCAUUUAAUAUAUUCAUUUGAGUUGAAAUGUCCACCAACCAAAUAUUUAGCAAGAAUGUUGAACGUCCAUGAUAAUAGAGUCAGCUUUCCUGCUAUUGUGUGUACAAAGAUUGUAAUUAUUUUGCAUGUGAAACACAAAUAGAUAUGUGACUAUGAUAAAUUAAUUACUUUCAUUAUUUUAUAUUCAACAUCCCAACUCUUUUAUGCAACAAAUGUUGCAAUAUUAUAUUACCUAUGCAAUUUAUCAAUUUGAAAAUAGACAGAUCAUUCCAGACAAAAUAUUUAGUAUUAUAACAAGUCAUUUAUGUUGUUUGUUGUUAUAAGUGAACCGAUUUUGCUGAAUAAAUGCAAAUUAACUUAC